CAGCCCUGGUUGUAAGCUCAUGUUCAUAUCGGGCGCCCAUUUAAUUUGAGCGAUAAAUUGAUAAAUUGAACGGAUAUUAUUUAUGAGAGUAAAUUAAUGUUUACUUCUUAAUUAAUUGCAGUGAUAUUUUGCUGCACUGCAUUAACGUUUAAUAACAACAACGCAAAUUGCGUCUUCUAGAUUUUUUUUGCUAACGUCGCCAUUUUUCCUGCCAUAUAAAGGAAGUUUACCGUUUUAUUGCUGACAUCGCAAAAAAUUAGCAAAAAAAAAAACGAGUUGAAUUUUGACAUUUCACGUUUUUUGCAAUUCAUACAAAGUAAAGUGUAAAAUGACUGAAUUAAAUUGGGAUGAUCCCAAUUACGUUGAGGAAUCGACAAAAUAUUCGCAAUCGACAUAUGGAAAAUACGGCGAUGAGAAAAACAAACACGACGGUUAUUCGCGUGGACACCGUUACUCCGGCGGAUACGAUAGUAACCGGAGAGAUAAUCGUGAGCACGAUGACAGAGAUAAACGCUCGUCAAAGAGAGAUUAUGCGUUCUAUGAAUCGAUGGAUAUCUCAGAGAAUAUGGUGGGUCGCAUUAUCGGACGCGGUGGAUCGAAUAUAACGCGUAUUCAAAACGAUUUUAAUGUUCGAGUUGAACUCAGCAAAUCCGAAUUGACUGUUAAAAUCUUGGGAGAUUCCGAGUCGAGUGUUAGAGAUGCUCGCAGCCACCUGGAGAAGCAAACUAGCAAUGAAGAUCGGGAGAGGGAUCGGGAUCGGGAGAGGGAUGCUGGAUAUGGAUAUGGUCGUGCUGACAGAGACUCGAACCGAUCUGGCGGAUAUGGUCGUUCUGACAGAGAUCAGGGUGGCGGAUACAGACGUUCCCAAAGAGACCCUGACGGGAAUGAAGGUAAAAGAGGACGCAGCAGCUAUGAAUUUGCGCCAACUCCGGCAGCAACUGAAACUCCAUUGAAUGGCGACUUGACGGGAAAAAUUGAUUGGGAUGCAUUAAACACGGCUUCGGCAAUAGCUCAGGCAGCUCGUUGGGCCAAAUGUCCGCCGCUUACCAAGAACUUUUACAAGGAAUGCCUAGAGGUGGCUGACUUAUCGCCCACGGAUGUGGAAGACAUGCGCAGGGAGAGCAACAACAUCUCGGUGGCACAUGUGUUCGAGGCAAAGGAGGGCGAAGUGCUGCCCCCCAUUCCGAAUCCGGUUUGGCGCUUUGAACAGUGCUUUGCCGAGUAUCCCGAUUUGUUGGAGGAAAUUCAGAAGCAGGGAUUCCCCAAGCCAUCGCCCAUACAGUCGCAGGCAUGGCCAAUACUGCUCAAGGGUCACGACAUGAUUGGAAUUGCCCAGACUGGAACAGGGAAGACGCUGGCCUUUCUGCUGCCCGGCAUGAUACACACGGAGUAUCAGAGCACGCCACGCGGAGCAGCACGUGGUGGUGCCAACGUGCUGGUCUUGGCGCCAACACGUGAACUUGCUCUCCAGAUCGAAAUGGAGGUGAAGAAGUACUCCUUCCGCAAUAUGAAGGCCGUCUGCGUUUACGGCGGAGGCAGUCGUCAAAUGCAAAUUUCGGAUGUGGAACGUGGUGCAGAGAUUAUCAUUUGUACACCCGGUCGUCUAAAUGAUCUCGUCCAAGCGGGAGUCAUCAAUGUGUCGUCAAUUACCUAUCUGGUGCUUGAUGAGGCCGAUCGCAUGCUUGACAUGGGAUUUGAGCCGCAAAUUCGCAAGGUUCUACUCGACAUUCGUCCCGAUAGACAGACGAUAAUGACAUCGGCCACCUGGCCGCCUGGUGUGCGUCGUCUGGCCCAAAGCUAUAUGAAUAAUCCCAUUCAAGUAUGCGUUGGUUCCCUCGACUUGGCAGCCACACACUCCGUGAAGCAGGUGAUCGAGUUGCUGGAGGAUGACAGGGAAAAGUUUAGCGCGCUCAAAUCAUUUGUUAAAAACAUGACAAAGUCUGAUAAAAUCAUUGUAUUCUGCGGUCGCAAGGCACGUGCCGAUGAUGUCUCCAGUGAUCUGUCCCUGGACGGAUAUUCGACGCAGUGCAUCCACGGCAACCGAGAGCAGAGCGAUCGGGAGCAGGCUAUAGCCGACAUUAAGUCGGGCUUUGUUCGCAUUCUCAUUGCCACCGAUGUGGCAUCUCGUGGUCUGGACAUUGAGGACAUUACACAUGUUAUCAACUAUGAUUUUCCGCGUAAUAUUGAAGAGUAUGUCCACCGUGUGGGCCGUACAGGCAGAGCCGGACGCAAGGGAACAUCUAUUAGCUUUAUAACACGCGAGGAUUGGGCCAUGGCGCAGGAGCUGAUCAAAAUUUUGGAGGAGGCUGAUCAGGAAGUGCCAGAACAACUGCGGGACAUGUCCAAGCGUUUCUCGGCUAUGAAGGAACGUCGUGCCAAUGAAGCUGGAGGAGGACGCGGCUUUGGAAGUGGUGGUCGUGUAGGAGGGGGAGGCGGUGGACGUGGAGGAGGCGGUCGUCGUGACCGUUACUAGACCAUUGAACCAUACUCGCAUUAUGCAAUGAAGCAACAAA